ACUUCCUCUUUGUACACUAGCUAGCAACCACGCACAUCCUGUGCGAAACAUCUCUUUUUGAAUUACUGUUAUUCUGAUUAUUCCUAGUCGUAGCUGCUAAUUAAAGAUGAAUACAGUUCUGUCGAGAGCUAACUCUUUGUUCGCCUUCUCCCUGAGCGUCAUGGCGGCCUUAACAUUUGGAUGUUUCGUCACGACAGCUUUCAAAGACAGAAGAGUUCCUGUGGACGUCCACGUCUCUAAAGUCAUGCUGAAGAACGUGGAUGACUUCACAGGACCCAGAGAGCGCAGUGAUCUGGGUUUCAUCACCUUUGACCUCUCAGCUGAUUUGCAGCCAAUUUUUGACUGGAAUGUUAAACAGCUGUUUCUCUAUCUGUCUGCUGAGUACACCACAAAGAGCAAUUGUCUAAACCAGGUGGUGCUGUGGGACAAGAUUGUUCUUCGAGGCGAAAACACCAAGCUGAACCUCAGAGACAUGAAAUCCAAAUACUUCUUCUUCGAUGAUGGAAACGGACUUCGGGCCAACAAGAACAUCACUCUGACGCUGUCAUGGAACGUUGUUCCCAACGCGGGAGUCCUGCCUCUGGUGGCUGGAAGUGGACAAGUCAGCCUCCCUUUCCCAGAGGCAUACGAGACCACCAAGAGCUAUUAGUCAGACUCAGACACACACUGUAAGCUGGUGUUUCUUUGUUAAUGUAAAUGGUUUGUAAUAAAAGAUGAUUGGAA